AGGGACGCUUGGCUGUUUCCCCUCGGUAUAUUUCCCCUCUUUGCUCUCGCAUGCCAAAGGAUAUGAAGUUCUUUACCCUUAGCGACAGGAAUUAAAUCAGCGAGGAAAAAGACGGCUCUUCUUUUACCUGGAGUGCUAUUUUUGCAUCAUGUUGGUGAGGAAAAAUGAGGGAUGGUUAUGAUGGUUAGAUAUGAUUUAGAGAUAUAAAUCUUCACUGGAAGAAUUCUAAUUCUAUGUAAAAAGGGAGAAAAAUUGAUGGUACUAAGUGAUUAUGGCUAAAUAGUGGCCUGUCAGUGAGGAUUCUUGUGUAAGAAUGUUUCUUCUCACGAGGUGAAACUUUGUUAGAAUUGAAAAGUUAAAGUGAGGAAUCAGUGAUGUAUCGCACUCAUCUGUUCCUGUAUCAUUUGGCUUUUGCCUUAACUGCUCAUGCUACAAAGCCCGCCUGGUUCACGGAAUGGUCUGUCGUCAGAGGACAAGCGGAGUUGCCCUGCCUGGUGCCACAGCCGACUGACCCCGCCGACAAGCCUCUAUUGGCACUGUGGUAUAAGGAGAGCCAGCCCACCGUUCCUAUAUACAGUUACGACACAAGAUCCGGAUCCUUCAGUGAAGGGAUCAGAUGGGCGGACUCCGGCUACCUCGGAUCCAGGGCGUUCUUCAGGAUUAUGUCUGAUCCGCCCACACUCGUCGUGGAUGACGUGCGAGUGGCUGACCAGGCGGUGUACACCUGCAGGGUGGAUUACAAGAUUCGACCGUCAGCCAUUACAAAGGUUAAUUUGACUAUCGUAGUGCCACCUGGACCACCCAUCAUUUUGGAUGCCACAGGACGGACGCUGGAGGGUUCAGUAGGGCCUCUGGAAGAAGGCUCCCACACUCAUCUCACCUGUAGGUCGGUGGGAGGGUCUCCUCCACCUACUCUCACCUGGUGGAGGGAUGGCCACAGAUUAAACCAGUAUGAGAGCAUCAGAGACGGAAGUGUCGACACCAGAAUCAGUGUUGUGGCAACUCGCAGCCUGCAAGGGGCCACCCUCUCUUGCCAGGCACUCAACAAUAACAUCACAGAGCCUUCGACAACAGCACUCACUGUCAACGUACUUUUGCGCCCUCUGUCAGUGGAAAUCGUGGGCACAAGUGUAUCGUCUCCCCUGUCGAGUGGGAGAGCCGUCGAGCUGGUUUGCCGGGCUGUCGGUUCUCGACCCCCUGCUCGCAUCAAGUGGUACAAAGGGUCAAAGCAAAUGACAGAUGUCACUCACACGGUCAUGAACGAAGGCAACGUCACAACAGGAUCCGUCAUUCUUAUGCCAACACGCCAAGACGACGGCAAGAGAGUCACAUGUGAAGCAUCCAACCCGGAGAUAGCCAAUUCUGAGCUUGAAGAUUCUGCAACACUCACCGUUCUUUAUAAACCUGAAGUGCAGCUAGCACUUGGACGAGCCCUGGACCCCAAAGAAAUCAAAGAAGGCGACGACGUCUAUUUCGAAUGCACCAUUCAUGCUAAUCCAGUUGUUCACAGAGUGGCCUGGUACCACAAUGGUGAACUGCUGGAAGCCAACAAAAGCGCCGGCUUGCUGAUCUCGGAGAACAGUCUCGUCCUCCAAAAGGUGAAGAGAAAGAGAGCCGGCGACUACACGUGUGCCGCUCAUAACUUGGAAGGACAGGGGCUCAGCAAUUCUGUCAAGCUUAAUAUUAUGUUCGCGCCCGUGUGCGCCUCCUCCGGCAGGAGAACUCAGGGAGUGGCGAGGAUGGAGAGUGCCAACGUCGUCUGUCAAGUCGAGGCUUAUCCGCCGCAGGUAAAUUUUACAUGGCGUUUCAAUGGAUCCUCGGAAGGGGAAGCGGUCCCCUUGAAGGCUUUGCAACAACAGGGAACGUCAUCUAUGCUGAACUACACGGCCUCUAUGGAGCACGACUAUGGCACGCUCCUCUGUUGGGCCAUGAACAAGAUCGGGAUGCAGAAAGAACCCUGCGUGAUCCACCUUAUCCCAGCAGGUCAGCAACAUGGGCCCCCGGAUCCACCGCGAAACUGCUCAAUUACGAACCAAACGAGCGAAGCUUUAGUGGUCGAGUGCACGCCUGGCUUCGACGGCGGUCUUGCUCAGCACUUCCUAAUGGAGGCCUGGGAUGAGAAUAUGCUGCUCUCCAACACCACCAGCCUUGCUCCAGAGUUUGUCGUGAGAGGUCUGGAAGCCGGUAUGGGGGUCACCCUCAAAGUUCAUGCCAUCAACAGCAAAGGGCAGAGUGCCUCUGUCAGUUUGGAAGCUGAUAUCAUGAAGGUGGCCGAAAAACGGAUGGGUCCACCAGAAGAGACAAUGGUCCCACCAGUGGUUGGUGCUGUUGUUGGAGGCGUGGGUGCAGUCUUGGUCGUGGUCAUUGUGGGAGUCAUUCUGACUCAUUAUGCCCACCGUGCCCAUGUGUGCACUCGGGCACAGAAGGAGGAUACUCCUCCCAAUUUGACUAAUGUCUACGCGGCAGGGAAAGGAGAAGCCCAAGAGGAAGAAGAUGCGCCGGGCACCACAAACCCUGACGUUCUUCUUGGCACAGGUACUGAAGAAGCAAGCACGCAGGAAGUUUUGAGUGGGCAAAGCCAUCGCUGCGUCGAGGCUGUGGCCGUUCUCCAAGGAAACACUAGGUCAGGAGGGGUCACCACAACACUGCCGCACCCUAAGGGUUUGGACGUCGAAUACGUUGAGGUGAUGACCCAGGGACCAACUGCUCUGGGAAGUACCCUUCGUCAGCCCCGACAGGACUCAGUGGUGUACAGCAGCCUGGCUCCCCAGUCCUACGCUUAUCCAGUGCAUCAUCCCCCCCACCAUCACCUAGGAUCACAAGUUCCUGCCGGCACUGCCGCCCACAGAAACUUCGGACAAUACAGCAGCGGCGGCGGCAACGGCGGGAAGAACGGAAGGGGAGAGAGAACAGGCAUGGUGACGACGACAUCCCUUCACGACCUGGCAGGUGCUGUGCAUUCCCUUCACGGAGGUCACCACCCGUCCAUGACCCCGACACUCCGCAGGGACGAAGGUGUUAGCGUCUACGGCACCCUGCGUCGCGGGGGAGAUCGCAGCGGCAGGGACGGCGGCGGCGGCGGAGCAGCUGGACCUGGAGGCCCUCACCCCCACGCCGUUGGGACCUUCUUGGCGACCAGCCACCAGGAGAGCGCCGUAUAGUUCCCUCGUGUUUAGCUCAUCAGUCUCUUGUGUGGCGUAUUCCUCAAUAUGUAUCUCCGUACUGAUAUCAUUUUGCGGUGUUCCGUGGCCGGUGUGCUCUUGGGACUAAAAGACAGGCUUAUUCCUCAUGAGAGUGGUUCAGACGGCGUGAAUUUGUGCUCAGUAUUCAUUCGCUGCAUGUUUCUUGAAUGGAAGAAAAACAGGUCAAGAUUUCGAAAAAUCCCAAACCGUAAAUACUUAUUACACAAACUUUUGCAGGUAUUAUCCAGAUAUGAUUCAGUGAUGGGUUAAUUAACUGGUUCAAUAUGAGGGAAAAAAAAGUUGGGCGUCACGGAACGACAAGCGUGCGUCAAAAAGAAUGGAUACUAUUUAGUAAUUUGUUAAUACAGAGAUAUUUCGAGUUAAAUCAGAACAGGUUGGCACAAAAACUACUACUAGUGUAUAGAAAGAAAAAAAAAGUUUCCUGGACUUUACUAAAGAAAGACUUUUUCAUCAUCUGGGUGGUUCCUGCUUAGCUGAAAAAAAAAAAAAAAAAAAAACAUAUAUCGACGCUGUGAGGAAUUUGUUUGUAAAUAUUCGAAGCUUUCUGUCCUGAGCGAACAGUGUCUAUGUGAAAGAAGACUAAUUCGUGAAUCUAGGUGUUUUAAAUGUUUUAAUUCAUUGUUUACACUUAUGAAGAGUAGGAAAGCAUAAUGUAAUCAAUUUGAAUUAAGUCUUCAGGGUAUUUUCCGUCAACUGAUAUUUAUAAUUAUAUUUAUACAUAUAUAUCCAUAUAUGAAUACGAAUAUAUAUGUAUGUAUAUAUUGUAUGUGUGCGCAUAAUUUAUGUAAACACAGGUUCUGAUUUCCAUAAUGUCAAAGUCUUAAUUUUAGAGUUUAAGUGAAGAAGAUUCCUCAUUACUAAUUAUGAAAGCUAAUUAGGAAACCGGACUGUCGCUAAUUAGUUCCUACCUGUUAUAGUCCAUUAUCUAUAUCUUCUGUGGUAUAUCUAGAAUCAAGGAAGAUUCCCGAGGUUUAAUUGUGGUAUUUAUUUUGGCCCCACAAAUCGUUGCCUUCUCAUGAGCUCGAUCCACGAUAUCUAUUUCGAACUGAAACAUGACUCGAUUCCCUUGAAUCUUCGUUGCUGUUAAAAUCUUCAUGAUCUUCACGUUGACCAUUUUUAUCCCUUCUAAUAUAAUUGAACUUUUAUCGUUAUCUCUGACAAUUCUUUCGCCGCCUGGAAAUUUAUUCUGCUUGCCAUGCUGAGAUCUUUAUGACCAUUAUUCAUGAAUUAACCUUGACUAUCACAGUCGUUUUCAUUUGCCAUCAUCAUAGAGGUGUCAGUUCUUUUCUUGUCAAGCUUCGGAACUCUCAUCAUAUUUUCGUGUCCCUUGAAUACAAUGAACGGCCUUCUGUCCUUGAGCACUAGUCCCUUAAUGGAAUGCCCCGUCGUUCUUUUGGAAUGAACCCCUACUCUUUUACUAUUCUCGGUAUUUUUUUUUUUUUUUUUU